AUGGUGGACGAUGGCACUGAAUCAGAAAAUGUGCUGAGCGAUCUUGAUACUGCAAUGUGGAAAUUCAAUUCUGAGGAAAAGCACGACUCAACAGCAUCAAGAGCUGCGAACUAUGAUUUCCGAAGUAGCAGUGAUGAAGAAGAGGACUUAACAUACACAAAGGGAGGAAAGGAGUGGGUAAAUGAUUCCGAAAGCAACUUGGUUAUUCCAACAAAGCUCGUGGCAAGUUUGAGGCAUCAAGAGUUGCAGAGGGGAAAACUGAUAGGAGGAUUGGCAGGGGCAACAGUGAGUAUUUCAAAAGAAAUGCUGAUGUUAGCACAAGAAGAAAGCCGGUUGAGGAGGAUGUCAAGUCCAAGGAUAUCUCCGGUGAUUCUGAAAACGAAAUAUGGGAAUUAAACGCUGCCAGCGACUCUGGAGCAUCAACGACAGGGAGAAUCGAUUACAACAGCAGCGACGAAGAGGAUUAUCAAGUGAGGAGGGAAGAGAAGAAAGGAAAUGGCAAUAAAAGCACAAGAACAAGAAAAGACUUGGAUGAGGAUUGGGACAGUGAUUAGGGCUUUUGCAUUGGAAGCCCAAAAUAUAUAAUGGCCCAGCCUGUUAUUGUAAGAAGCCCAUUGGAAAGUGGCUGUAGGACCCAACCAAUAUAUUAUGUCUACAUUUUAUUUUAUUUUUCUAGUUAUUUAAUAAAAAUUUUAAUUCAAAAAAUAUAUAUUAUAAAUGUUUCUCA